CGCUCGCCGCCCAAUCUCUCUCCGGCUUGGCCACUGAUGCACCAGCUCCUCGGCCGCUGCAGCUUUAAGGCACCUCCCUCCUGCUUCCCUUUGUCCCUCCUCUUUCUCUCUGGGAUCCGACCUCCAUCUCUCAUCUCCCUCGCUCUCUGCAGCCGGGCUCCGUGAGAUUUCCCUCCUCGGCAGCAUCCCUGCACCAGCCACCAUGGCCGACAUGAAAACAAGCGGCGUCUUCGCGAAAAAUGUCCAGAAGAGGCUCAGCAGAGCGCAGGAAAAGGUGCUUCAGAAGCUGGGGAAAGCUGAUGAAACAAAAGAUGAACAGUUUGAAGAGUAUGUUCUGAACUUCAAAAGGCAAGAGGCAGAAGGUACCAGACUCCAGAAAGAGCUCCGGGGAUAUUUAGCUGCAAUUAAAGGCAUGCAAGAAGCUUCAAAGAAACUUACAGAGUCUCUACAUGAAGUAUACGAGCCUGACUGGUAUGGCCGGGAAGAUGUAAAAGUGGUUGGAGAGAAAUGUGAUGUACUUUGGGAAGAUUUCCACCAAAAGCUCGUCGACGGGUCGUUGUUGACCUUGGACACAUAUCUGGGACAGUUUCCUGAUAUAAAGAAUCGUAUUGCAAAGCGGAGCAGAAAGCUAGUGGACUAUGACAGUGCAAGACAUCAUUUGGAAGCCUUGCAGAGUUCAAAGAGAAAAGACGAAGGCAGGAUUUCCAAGCUACAAACUCCACAGAACAAAAGGGCAGAGGAAGAGUUUCAGAAAGCACAGAAAGUGUUUGAAGAUUUCAACAUUGAUUUGCAAGAAGAGCUGCCAUCUUUAUGGUCAAGACGAGUUGGCUUUUAUGUGAACACAUUCAAAAAUAUCUCCAGCCUUGAAGCCAAGUUUCACAAAGAAAUAGCUUUGCUAUGCCACAAACUCUAUGAGGUGAUGUCAAAGUUGGGAGAGCAACAUGCAGACAAGGCCUUCACCAUUCUCGGAGCACCCAGCGAUUCAGGUCCUCUCCGCAUUGCAAAAACUCCAUCACCGCCUGAAGAGGAGUCCCCUCUGCAUAGCCCUGAAGCAAGUCCCAAUCAUACAUUGGCUGCUCCUCCUUCUCCAGCACCAGCACGGCCUAAAUCUCCCUCACAGCUGAGGAAAGGACCCCCAGUUCCACCGCUACCUAAACUCACACCGACAAAAGAACUGCAGCAGGAGAAUAUCAUCAGCUUAUUUGAUGACAAUUUUGUUCCAGAAAUAAAUGUGACAACUCCUUCACAGAAUGAAGUUCCUGAAGCUAAAAAAGAAGAGUCUUUGUUAGACCUAGACUUCGAUCCAUUUAAACCUGAUGCAGCAGCUACUGUGGUAACCCAUUCACCAAUGUCUCAGACGCUUCCCUGGGAUUUAUGGACGACAAGCAAUGAACUGGUGCAGCCGGCAUCCAGCAGCGCCUUUAAUGGAUUCACACAGGAUACUUCCCUAUUCUCAAUGCAAGCAAGCCAGAAUGUGAUGGACAACUUGGCUGAGACGGAAGAAACUCCAUCUUUAGUGCCCCAAGCAGAGGAAGCCCCAAGUGCCCCAGAGAUGGCUGACACUGCUCCCGAGGCAGAAGCCCAGCCUGCAGAGGCUGCAGAGCCAGCGGCUGACGCUGUGGCUGCUGUGGAGGAAGGGACAAUGGAGGCACCAGAACUUGCUGAGAAAGAGUGUGAGUUACAGAUGGAUUCUGUAAUACAAGGUCCUGAUGGAGCUGAGGGUGUUGCUGUUGCUCCUGGAACUGAGGCUGGCGAAGUUGCUGCUCCUGCUGAAGGAGGAGUUGGGGAAAGUGACAUAGCUGGCACUGAAGGAAAAGCAGGGGAAUCUCAGGAAAACCUCAGCAGCAUCCCCUCAGUAGUAAUAGAACCCGCAUCAAAUAAUGAAGCGGAUGGAGAAGAUCACGAGGUUCUAGUGAACGAAGCUAAAGAUGCUGCGGAAGAUGUUGGUGCUCAGAGUGCUGAAGGCCCAGCUACUGAAACUUCAGAGGCUGCAAGUGAACCCAAAACCAUCCAGUCCACAACUUCUGAGGAACAGCCUGUAUCAGCAGAUGACAGCAUGCCACCGGGCUUCCGCUUUAAGGUUGAAACCCUGCAUGAUUUUGAGGCAGCCAAUAGUGAUGAGCUGAACUUGCUCCGGGGAGAUAUUGUAUUAGUAAUUCAAUCUGUGGCAGAAGCUGAUCAGGAAGCAGGAUGGUUAACAGGGAUUAAGGAAUCUGACUGGCUUCAAUACAAGGAUGUAGCUACUUAUAAAGGACUCUUCCCUGAAAACUUCACCCGUUGUUUGGAGUAGUUCUCAGCUCAGGCAUAAUAUACGUGGUAGGAAGCUCGGUCCUUGCAUUUUGAAUUUCUCCAAUACACAGGAGCCCACCUUUAUAGUCGAGCUGUCAUGGUUUACAGACUGGUGCCAGACAAAAACUUGGUGACACAUAUCAAAUGAGCAUGACUGCAAGAAGUUAAAGCUAGCAUAUUCUGAAACAGUAUGUGGAAAAAAAUGUCCUUAUUUGUUCACUUUUACGUGGCAACAGGUUUGUUUGUACUUUGUCAGAGCUAUGGUGAUCCUGUAACCUGAUCCUUUCCCAUGCAAAUCUUGAUUAGCCUCCUCAAUACCAGAACCUUAACUUCUCUGCACUAAUUGUAUUGUAUUGAGUUGCUGCACUGCAGAAGACUUGAUUAGUAAGUAAUCCUGUAGUACUGAGGUCAAGCUAUUUUAAUUUGAGUGUGUUUUUAAAAAAACCUGCAAAGUUUUUCAAUGUUAUUUUCAAACGUACAUACAUACAGACAGACACAUGAAGAUGCAUUGUAUGUGUAUAUAGAGCAUAAGAAUCAUAGGUGGCCAACUAGAAGCAUAUGUGCCAGAGUGACAUUGACAGCAGGAAGGAAUUGAGGUAAAGCUGGACAGGAAUUGGAGGACGCACACAUCUGGUUAUGACAGUAAGGCUACGCACGCCUGCUUGCUGCCUAGGUUAGACUAGAAGGAAAUGCCACAAUGGGUAUGAGUUGCUUAUGUACUAUAAUGUGCCCUAAAGCAAUACUAUCAUACUUUGGCCUUGAUUUAUGGCAUGUUCCCCAAAAGGUUGACCACCACUGAUUAUAUGCAUUUGCACAUAUCUUACCCAACAUUGUAGUUCCUUGAUGUAGUAUUUGUUCAUACAGGCAUUUGCUCCGAUUGUCUGGCAUUACAGUAAAAAAUAUAUGUUCCAACUGGAAACUAGCUGCUCCAUUGCCAAAAUAUUAAGACAGUAAUAUCUGCAUUUGUAAUGCAAAAUCAUCAUUCCAAAAUGACAAAAAUGUUAUCAAACUCAAACCUGCUAAAACACCAGGGAAGGCAUGGCUCAAUCGCCUAUAUAUUACCACCUGCUAUACCUAGGGAUAAGAUAAUUAUGAUAAAGGGUGUUAUAAUGCUAAUUUUCUUACUUUAAAAAUUGAAUGGGUUGUAUGACUAAAUAAGAUGCUAAUCUAAGGAAAAGAUAAACACAAUAUAUUUUCACUAUAUGUAUUUAUGCAGCACACCUUCAACAAUCCCUUGAAAGUUUAAAAAAUGUAUUCUGUAUCAAUAAGUCAUAUGUAACUAUUAUGUUUUCCAGUGUUGUGUCAUUCAAAAUAAACCUUUGAUCAGCUCCAGAAGCAGCUCAGUUGCUUCUCA